CCAAUCAGCUUUCUCCAAAUUCUGUCGCGGUCCUCGUUCAAAAAUACAGAAGCGUCAACGGUGAAGCUGUAAUAAUCCGAAAAAAGACACAAAGGAGGUAUCUAGUUGUGUUAGUUUCCACAAUGGCAGAAGGAGGAGAUGUUGAAUGGGAGCUAAGCAAAGAGAACAUUCAGCCACUGAGGCGGGGAAGAGCCAUAUCAGCCUUACACCAGGCGCUCAGUCAACAACAAGAUGGGCUCAGCUCUGCCAUCAACCAACAGAGACAGGCCUUUGAGUCUGAACUGCGAAUGUAUGAUGGAGAUGAUCCACUUGAUGUUUGGGAUCGGUAUAUAAAAUGGACAGAGCAGACCUUCCCUCAAGGAGGAAAGGAGAGCAACCUUUCCACACUCUUGGAGCAGGUUGUGGCCAGAUUCACAGAGGAAAAGAAAUAUCAUAACGACCCUCGCUACGUUGACAUCUGGAUCAAAUUUGCAGAGAACUGCACGGAGCCCUUGGACAUUUACAGGUACAUGCAGGCUCAGGGAAUAGGGAUCACACAAGCGUCCUUCUACAUCGCCUGGUCCGAGGAAUACGAGAAUCAGGGCAACUGUCGCAAAGCAGACCUCGUCUACCAGGAAGGAUUCAAGAAGCAUGCUGAGCCGUAUGAUAAACUCCAGCAGUUUCACAAGGCUCUGCAGGCACGUGUGUCCCGGCAGGUGAUGAUGAAUGUGGAGGAAGAUGACAGCGAUGAUGAGCCUAAACAACCAGAGAGAAUUUCUCUAGCUGACCUCAAACACAGAGGGAAGAAAAAGGCCGUCGCUCCCAUCAUCAGAACUGGGCCUGCAAUCAGAAGUAUCUCUGGAGGCCUGCAGUCACACGGUGCUCCUGUCCUGGGCAACGCUACAAACAGUCGGAUGGUCGUCUUUGAUGAGAACAAGGCUCAAAGUGCUGGUCCUUCAGAGCCUAAAUUUGAGUCUUGGGUAGCUCCUCCUACUGGAAGGGCAAAGGAGAAUGAGAAGAGGCCUGAAAAAUGGUGUGAUGUUAAGAUGCCCCAGAAGACCAAAUUCGGACAUACUGUUACGGCCCCACCGCCUUUAAAACCCACCUUCCAACCAUUUGUUGAGGAGUCAGACCAGCCUCCGACAAUGACUCCAUGUAAAAUCAACCCAGCAGUGAACACAGUUCUAUCCGUGCGUAAGCUCGGCCGAGAGGAAACUCCUCUGAAGAGACUACAGGAACACAAUCAGCAACAGAAGGAGGCAGAAUCAGGAAAAUUGCAGGAACAGAGCAUGUACUGUAAAGAGCUGCUGCUCAACGGCGCCACCGAAUUCUGCUUUGAGGAACUACGUGCUGAACGCUUCUUCAAAAAGAUGGCACAGGAAUCGCAGGAGGUCGGAGGUCAUGAGGAUCAAGCCAGUGCCAGUGCUGCAGUCUGAUGCAUCUAUUAAGACUAACAAUGUGACUGCUCUUUUUUUAUGGAUUUUUACCUUUGUUUUGACAAGAUGUUAUUUGAAGUAUCAUGUAAUAACUGUUACGUAUCGUUUGUUAUCCUGCUGUUCAUAUUCUGUCCAUAGAGUUCAGUUACUCUGAACGUGAAAAGAUAAAAGGGGUCAAGCUUUUUAGAAUCCCCUUUUGAAGUGACGAUACAGUGGGUUAAUUGUGUUGGAUUCAUGAAAAAUACAGGAAUGCCUGUACAUUUUAAUGUAAUCCAGCACAAAACACCAGAAGCUGCAGAUGCAAAUACUAAGAAUAGAGUUAAAUAAACAUCUACACUAUUUCAACAAGCUUUAUAAACUAUAUAGGCUUCACAGUAGUAUUUAUAGGGCUACUGGAUUGUUUUAUAUUGUUGUGUCCACACUUGUAUAUACUGAACAUGUUUGUUUAACACUGCUUACAUGAGUGGUUCUCAAUCUUUUGGGCCUGUGAUCCCUUAAAAUGAAGCAAAGUCUACCCGGGACCAUUUUUCACAUGUUGCACUGUCUACCAGUUAAGUUACCAUUAUUGUUCUGAUUCAUCGGUUAAUCGUUUUGUCAGAAAAUAGUGAAAAAUAUCCAUUAAUGUUCCCCACAGUCCAAGUUACAUCUUCAAAUUUCAAAUAGUUUUGUCUGACUAAGGGUCCAAAACUGAAAGAUAUUCAGUUGAUCGUCAUGUUCAACAAAGAAAAGCAAUAAUUUAUCACAUUUAAGAAGCUGAAACCAGCUUAUUUAUUUAAUUUUUGCUUAAAAAUGACUAAAAUGACUAAAAUCAAUUAUCAAAAUAGUUGCUGGUUAAUCUGUCAACUGAUUCAUCGACUAAGCUUGCAGCUCUAGUGAGGACAAGAGGACUUGUUUCAUGUGUCAUGUUUUUUUUUUCUGUAUCCCAUCCUGUUCUAUCAUCUCUAGCCCCUUUGAUUUAUCCAGCGACCCCUUGUGGGGGUCCUGACCCCCAGGUUGGGAACCACUGGCUUACAUUACAUCUCUACUGCAAAAACCUGCUCGCAUUUAUUUCUACUUUCACUCUUAGUCCAGUAAUUAAUUUUUCUUAUUGCUUUGUUCUAAGAACAAUGGUUCCUUCUCAAGUUGAUUUGUCUGAUCAGUAUUUCUUGAGCAGAUGUUUUUGUACAGUUCCAGUGACGGAGAGAGUGGUGAUUCAGUCUUAGUCUGAUGAAAUGUCCAUUCUAGGCAAUGUCAUUGAUCUUCAAUAAACUUGUUAAAAUGUC